UCCUAUCGCAUCAGCUGUUUGAGGUCGCCAAGUGGUGGUCACAGUUUCAACUCCAUUCAGUACUUGCUGCUCACUGACAGCGUAAGUUCAUUGGAAAAUGAAACAGUGAGACAGCGCGAACGAAAGGCUUGAGUCGCUGUUUGCGGAACUAACUCUGAGGCGUAGUGACGAAGCUUCGAUGACGUGGUGGCUGCUAUUUCGUAAGGAAUAAUUCAGAUUACCAAGAUGACGAAAAAUGGGCAUUCAACGACAGUUGCGCGAAACUGUCCCGCUCUUAAUCUCUUCCAGGAGACGCUGGUACGUUUGGCGCUCUUCGCUGUUUACAUGUACUUCGAAUGGAAAGAUCCAUUUAUUCGAAAAAUACAACCUGACGAGAUGUGGCUCUACAGGAACCCUCGUACGGAAAGCUACGUUCCUCUGAUUGCACUAUAUCCUUCGAUGUAUGGUUUUGCGGCGCUCGUGUUCGUGACGUACUUCUUCCACACACGAGAUCUCACCGAUUUCAAGUGUGCAUGGCUGGGAAUCUCACUGGCCGGUACCUUGAAUGGGGUGAUCACCCAGUCGAUUAAGAUAGCCGUGGGUCGUCCUAGGCCAGACUUUUUCUGGCGCUGUUUCCCGGACGGUGUGAUGAACGAGGAUAUGUUGUGCAGUGGAGAUCACCAUUCUAUAAUGGAGGGCCGAAAAAGUUUCCCUAGUGGGCAUUCGUCUGUUGCCUUUGCCUCACUUGGAUUCAUUUCGUUGUAUCUGUUCGGGAAGCUGAAUGUAUUCAACGAGCGAGGUCGAGGGCAGGCUUGGCGAUUGGUUGUCUCCGUGGUUCCACUUCUUGCAGCCACAAUGGUCGCGAUCAGUAGGACAUGUGAUUAUCAUCAUCAUUGGCAGGAUGUUGUCGUUGGAUCCGUGAUAGGACUUAUUGAAGGUUAUCUUUGCUAUCGACAGUAUUUUCCAUCUUUAGAUUCUCGUUAUUGUUAUCUGGCAUACGCUAGUGAUGCUAUGUAUCCAAAUCCGAGCAGAAAAACAACUUCCAAGCCAGAAGCUUCCGGUAUUGAAGUCAACCCCGAAAACGAAAUGUUAGUGGACACUGCAGAGAAGGACAAUAAAUGGACCUAGUUCGUAUGGUAGACGAA